ACCAUACUCACAAUUAUAAACAUAGAGGCAUACAGUACAUACUUUAUACAACACCACCUAUCAUACAAGAAGCACACAUAUCAGGCCAGAUCACACAAAUGCAUAUAAAAGUAAAUCAAAAGUCAUUUAAAGUAAUACAGGACUAAAAAAAAACCGUUCAUUUUCUUUUUUCAAAUAUGUACUGUCUUUUAAACUUGUCAUCGUGACCUUAAGUAGAUAGCUUAUUAAUAUUAAAUAGGCAUUAUAUUGUGAGGUGAUUUGGUGAUAUCAGAUACAACAGAUUACAGGAUUCAUAGAAUUUAUCCUGAAUGGAUUGUAUGUAUAUGUACAUACAAAUUUGUAUGUACACAGAAUUUAUUGUGAAUUGAUUAAUUGUAUUGCGUAUCUCUUGGCGGAUUCGGCUUUUCAUAGUAUGGCUGGUAGAAAGAGGGCGGUAUUCAACACGUGAAGUGCGUGCAAACAUUGUAUAUUUGCAGGAAAAGUUGUAAAAAGUUUACUGCAUGCAAUCAUUUCAGAUGGUGCUAUUAUAAAUUGCUGGUUGAGAAUGUUGAAAAAGAUAAUACCGCUUCGGGUGCAAUUUCAAACGGUAUUGAAUACGAAUGUAAAACGUAUUCAUCACUCCACCGAGGAAAGUAGUUUGGUUCAAGCUGCCAAAUUCCAUUUUGAAUCAUUACCACAGACAAUUAGGACAUUAAACUCAUUUUCUGGAAGUUCAUUUAGAAGGAAAAAUCCAAUUAAUGGGUUUUAUCCCCAUCAUCUAACACCUGGUCAGCGUCAGUUCAUUCACACACGUGCAUUUUCCACGCAAAAUGAUAAAGGGAGUCAGGGCAACAAGAAUGGAGAGGUUGAGGAGGAGCCGAUUGUUGCUAUGUACGAUGAGAGCGGGAAUAAAUUGAGUAACUGGGCUCGGAUGAAGAUGAUGGCAAAGGCGUAUGGAUACGUGAUCAUUCCUGUACACUGGGUCAUCGCUCCUGUCUGGUUUGGUUCUUUCUACUUAGCAGUGAAACAUGGAAUUGACAUAGUACCUGUCCUGAAGAGCAUUGGUGUAAGUGAAGUUUAUUUAAGCAAAUUACAACACUCUGGUGCCAGUGAUAUCCUGCAGGCCUAUGCCAUGUACAAAGUCGCUACCCCAGCUCGCUACACUUUAACAUUAGCUGCUACUGAGAUGACAAUCCGUGCCUUGAGGAAGAGAGGUUUCAUGAAACCGCUACCACCUAAAGAGAAGACGUACCGGGAAUCAAUGCAGGAGACGUACGCGGGAAUGAAGGAAAAGAUGGAAGACGUGAAAGGAGACGUGAAAGACAAAAUGGAUGACGUUAAAGAUAAGAUGAGCGAUGUUAAAGAUAAGAUGAGCGA